UCGAGUCUUUUUAGCUACCUUGAGGCCUUGUGGGUUUCUCUGAUAACUGGCCAGAAUCUAGGUAGGAUGGGAGCUGGGGGAUAGAUUCCUGGCUUCCAAAGGGGCCCGGGAAUCCUGUACCCCUACAUCCAUUGCUUCCUUCUGCCCUGGUUUCCCGGAAAGUGCAUUCACAUCACCCCAGGCUGCAGGCCGUGUCCUAUGGUGCCCGGACGCCUCCUGACAGUUGUGCUGCUUCUGACCCGGGCGGAAGCCUCCCAGUACUGCGGCCGCCUUGAGUACUGGAACCCAGACAACAAGUGCUGCAGCAAAUGCUCGCAGCGCUUCGGACCACCUCCCUGCCCGGACUACGAGUUCGUGGAAAACUGCGGGCUCAAUGACUUCGGCGAUCUCUUAACGUACCCGUUCAAAGAGUGUUCUCCUGGGCAGUGCAACCCCGACGGCGCGGAGCUAUGUAGCCCCUGCGGCAGCGGAGCCACAGCCCUCACUCCCACCGAAGGCCGCGGCAGAUCCCGGCGGCGCUGCAGAGAGGUGCUGGUCGGACUCCGGAGGGCCAAGGGCUUACUGGAGAGGCCGGUCCCUACCAAGAAAUAUUGCCCCCUGACAUCUGGAAAACCGAGCGUCCCUAGCUCCCAGGAGCCCAGCUCACCAGCGAGUUCCAGUCUUUCGUGGACAUCUGAGCACAUCUCCCGCCAGGCCUUGCCGAGUUUUGCCUUGCCUGUGGUGCUGCUUCUGCUCCUGACCUUGGCAGUGAUCCUCCUGCUCGCUCUGCGGAGGCACCUCUGCCUGCCCAGUAGGAAAGCCGUUUCCCUCCCCUAUACAGGUUCGGUUUGCGGAGCGCCCAACACCCACUCCCUUUCUUUGCACUCAUUAUCCCCAGGUGCCCUGGAGGCAUCAAAGACAGGGAACAGGUGGAAGGAGGUCUCUCUGCUUCCACUCCUGAGCAGGGAGAGUCUGGCAUCACAGCCCCUGUCUCGCCUCCUGGAUGAGCUGGAGGUGCUGGAGGAACUGAUUGUGCUGCUGGACCCUGAGCCUGGGCCAGGUGGGAGCAUGGCCUGUGGUACCACUCGACAUCUGGCUGCAAGAUAUGGGUUGCCUGCUGCUUGGUCCACCUUUGCCUACUCACUGCGGCCAAGUCGUUCACCGCUGCGGGCUCUGAUAGAGAUGGUGGUGGCAAGGGAGCCCUCUGCCUCUCUGGGCCAGCUUGGUGCACACCUGGCCCAGCUAGGGCGGGCAGAUGCACUGCAGGUGCUGUCCAAACUUGGCAGAUCUGGGGUUUGCCAGGCCAACUAAAUAAAGUUUCCCUUGAAAUAAA